CCGCGCCGCGAGCGCCCCGGGGAGUUCCCUGCCUCGCACGUGGUCGCAGCCCAGGUGAGCCGAGCCGGAGCGGGGAGCGGCUGCCUCCUGCCCAGGCGGCGGUGGCUGGGCGCCGGGAGAAGAUGGCUGACAGCACCGCGGCCACGGGCUCCUGGUGGAAAGCGCUGACCAGCAGCAGGAAAAAAGCCAAGGAGGGGCCGGUGGCCGGAGCGCCGCCGCCCCCGGCUGAGCCCGCCCUGGCGCCGGCGCCCCCCGACCCGGACUCUCGGGAGAACCAGCAGCCCAACUUCAGCAGCAGCGAGCCCAAGUUCGGCGAGAAGCCCGGCGGCGGCGGCAGCAGCCGCAGGAACCUGAAGAUCUCCCGCUCCGGCCGCUUCAAGGAGAAGCGCAAGGUGCGAGCCCCUCUGCUGGCCGAGAGCCCCAAGCUGUUCGAGGGCAGCGCGCCCAGCCACGCCGGCGAGGAGAGGCAAUAGCUGCGGCUGUUUGCUGCCGUACAGCCUCCGUCUGACCGAGACUGGCCCUUGCAGCCAGUCCCCCAGCUCUCGCUCCUCCACCACCCAAGGAGCCGUGACUCCGUGUGGGCUAGAGGAGGAGACACCUGCUGCUUUGGAAACGCCUCGGGUGCCUCUCGUCGCUAGGAGGAGGCCUUCCCUCCCCGGGGGGCGCGGUGACCCCGCUGUAACCAGGGCAGGGAUGAACCUAUUGUCUCGUUCGGAUUCCAAAUUUUGGAAACAAAAAUAAUCCCAGCGCCGUGUGUCUCUGUUCCUGGCUGCUGCACUUUGGACUGGAAUAUCACCCUUGCUGGCUGGAGCUGACCAGCGCUGCCCUGCUGCUUAUUUUAGGGGGUAGGGCGGGUACCUUUCUUGAUCAAAAAUAGCUCAAGCAAUUGGGGAUGAAUUUUAAUAAUGAAAUAAAGCUGAAGUGUAAAUGCAGAUUUUCUUGGUCGGAAUUGGAAGGUGCAAAGACGCUACAAGCGUGACUAAGACAAUGCACUGCCAUAAAUUACUCGCGUGCUGUGUAAAUUAACAACGCGUAUAAACCAAAGUCUAGGAAGAGGAUAGGAACAUAUUCAAUUACAUUCACAAUGCAGUAGACUAUAAUAUGUUGUAGUGUCAGCACCAGGGCAACCUAUGUCCCUCCAGACGGCAGACCCCCUCCCCUCUGCAGUAGCUUUUCCAAAUAGGUGGCUAUCCUUUCUCGGCUUUCUGACCAAGGGGAUUGUUCAUUGCUCUAAUACACUAAGAUGAACCCUCUUUUAAAGGGAAUGAGAUUGAAGUAUUCUUACCUAAAUUCAAGGCCAAGAACUUCCAGGGGUACCUGUAGAUCUCUAACAAUCAUGGUCCUGUUUGCCUCUAGUAGAUACGUCAAGCAAAAGAGUAAACGAAUCCCUCUUACAUUCAGUGAGUUAUAAGAGGGUUAUUGUAAGUGAGAGGCGCUUGGGUUCCCCUGCUCCCAUCUAAGUGUUAGGAUUUGCCUCUUGCCUAUUUGAAUAGAAUUUCUCUCUCCAUCCUUCCCCCCUCCCACAAAACUUCUAGGUAAUUACAAGGAAUUGCUCAAGAGGUGAAUCUGUAAUUUUCUUGUAGAGAAGAGCUCUUCAGAUUUGUCAUUCAGCUCACUAAGGAAGGUACACAAUGCAUUUAGUAUGGUUCUCUGGUAACUGAUGGUUUCAAUCUAAUGAAACUCAACCAAAGACAUUGGGUGAUAACACGUAAAUGUCUUUUAGGGAGAGAAUAACUCUGGUGAUGCUGAACAGAGUUGUGUUUAGUAUGUUUGCAGCCAACACUGAAAGCAAGAAUGCUCAUUAACAUGUAAAUGGCUAUUGGUGGUGAUGAUGGUGGUCUUAGCCUUUAUCCCUAUGAAAACAGGCUCAAGGUUCCCAAAGUUUCUGCUGGUUGCAAUCAAGCAUGAAGUGGAACUACUGAUUCUCCUAAUAACUGAAAUCUCAAACAUCCCUUGAGUUUUCAGAAAGGCCCUAUCACAAAGCGAACCAUUAGCCAAAAUACAUUGGCUGAGACACUGAGAUGUAAUGAGGAAAACUAGAGUGGAAAAAUGUCUGUCUAUAGUAUCUAAGGUAAAUAAAACUGAUUUUGAAAACCUAAACCCAAACUAAACCAUGAAUAGUCAAAAUCACUUUCCAUAAGCAGGACUAAAGACAAAUCAAGGCAGCAGAGACUGAAACUUCUUUCCCAACAUAUUAGAAACUUCUAAGAAUUAAUGUAUGGUUGUGAUAUUGAAUAGGCAUUAGUCAGUCCUCCUGAAAUUCCAUGUACUAUGAUUUCUGAGUAACCUUAGUCUAGAUUAAGUAAGUAAUUUACUGUUACUGAAGUGGGACAACAGUAUACUCUUCAGAAGAGUAAAUAGUGAAUGUUGUAAGUAGGUGGUCCAUUAACCUUCAGGUGGGGUUAUGUCUGGAGCGUGUAAGGCUAUGUCCUGCUGAAAAGAGGCCAGGAAAGCCAGACUUCCCAGUUCUAUUGUGACAAAUUUCACUUACUCUGUCCACCUCUGGGGAUAUUUAGAAACCUCUUACCUGAGUAACUCUUCCUACUAUCAAAGAAUUUGGUCAGAUCAAUGACUUUAUAACAGUGCACUCUAAUAUUACUUUAUGCUGUUAAAUAGUCACUGUCCAUGCACAGUAAUAGUGUAGCAUUUGUGGGGAAAAGGCUUAAAUGGGGUUGUGUCCCUCCCCUGUCCUCUUUACUGUUUCUAGAUAUAGCAGUCCCUCCUUCUCUCCCCCAUCCCUGCCACAGCUCACCCUUUACACAUUUAGAUUCUAUUUAAAAAAACAACCUCCCUUUCACUGACUUACAAAGUGAGAUCUCAGCAGUUGGUGUCCUUUUACU